GGACACGAGGAUCAAUCGUCAGAGACCGAUCAUACCCCGCCUGAUGUAAUUCCACGGGCAACAGUGGAGGAGUGGUUUGAAACCAGCAAACGCUCGCUCUCGUAGUUUGAGGAGCUGGAAAGCCGGACUCAGAAAGUUGUGGAGGCCCAUAGCUUUGACUGGCAAGAUGCCUUACGAGAUAUCUCUGACAGUCUCUUCGAGGAGAUGCAGAUGCUGCGGCAAAUGAACAAGUCGCUGAUCUCUAUGGCACAGAUCCGUCAUCUGCCUUGGGCCGAAGUGGCCCUUCUUAGGACUCCGCCCCCGAAGCGCUUUGCUGUUGAGGUUCCGUACAAUGAGCCAACGGCUGGCGAUAUUCAGCAGCUUGGUGCUUCUUUGGCAUCGGAUAUGGAAUUACCCAUCCUCGCCGGAGAAGCCACAGACUGUUUGCCGCUGAACACCAUGCCUGAACGAAUCCGCCUCAACUGCCAUCGGCUAAAGAGCUUUCUUGAUUAUCAGUUCUGCAGCGGGGAGUUGCCCUACAAUGGUCAGAGCCCCCUGUCAAUUCUCCGACCAUUCAAACUGCUACUCUAUCUUGACAAGCCAAUUCGGUCUAAGGUGGCGGAGUUCGAAACCAUCCGGAAAGAACUGCAGGACUCAUCCGAAGAGGAGUAUAUACAGGCUCUUCAUGAUUCUCCAGUGGUAGACAUGGCUUACACGAAAGAUAAUAUAUCAGAGCUCGGGGUCCUAGAGCUGACGGCUCUAAUCAUGGAUUGUCGCUGCUUGGUGCAGUUCAUGGAUGAUACCCUUCGUCCAGCACAAACGCACCUGGCCGCUGCUCCAGACAUGGUACGCUUCGUUGAUCUCUGGUUCGUCUUUGCUCAAGGUUCUCUGGUCUAUAUCAAAGGUAGCAGCCCUCCCCAGAAGAUUUGGAAGGUGGUGCAACGGACCGGCGGCCGUCGAAUCCUGGAAACCUCUGAGCAGUUCAACGACGAAAAAAGCAUUGGUAGCUGGGCUCCCCUGGUGUUAGACUGCUUCUAUCUGGACUUCGACGGGGUUCGAUUUAUUCCUGUCUUCCGUCAGUUCGAAAUUAGUGGUUUUGAUGGCGUUCAGGCCGCCAAGUCGCUCCCCGUGCUCCCGCUCCCGGUAGCGGAGCGGGAGGGAUUCGCCGACCGAGCGCACCUCAUGGCCCGGGGAAAGCAAUUCGUCGACUGCACCCAGAAAGUUUUGCAUCUGGAUUACAGUGGCAGAUGUCAUUAUUUGGACCCCUCUGGUCGCAAACUGACCGACUUAGUCGACAAAAUCCCCCGGAGCGCCUCCUGCUACUCGGAACAGAUCGACAGCGAUGUGAUUGUGGACUUCACCCGUGCCUUGGGGGAAAUCCCCUGGUGGCGCCCCGUGACGGUAGAUCAUGCCUUUGGAGAAACCUCAACGUCUGAGACAGGAACAGCACUCGGGAUCGAGAAGGAUGGGACCUGGGAUAAGCGAUUUACGGAUGACUUUAUGGACGCCCAGAACCGCAUGUGGGACUCCUGGGCCAAGACUGGAGGCGGGCCAACUGGUGAUGAUCUGAUGAUUCUGCCCGACCGGGUUUUUGCCUUCGUGCUGUCGACCAGACGAUGGGCUUGUCUUCGGAUCGGGCGUGGACCCAAUGGCGCUGAGCGCUUGCAGGAGAGACCAAAGAAAGACAACCCUUGGUUGAAAUUGCGCCUCCCAGAUGGCCACAAGGAUUUAGUGCAGUCCUUGAUCCACUCGCACUUUGCCAAACAGAAAUCUGGAGGUGUGCAUUUUGACUUGUUGAGAAACAAAGGGAAUGGAGUAACGAUCCUCUUACAUGGGGUCCCGGGCGUCGGGAAAACGUCGACAGCUGAGUGCGCGGCAAUAAGUAAUGGCAGACCUCUACUCCCUGUAACAUGUGGUGAUCUUGGACUUACUGCAGGCGAAGUGGAGGAGAAGCUCAAGGAAGUCUUUCGUCUCGCCCAGGACUGGGGCUGCAUCAUGCUCUUGGAUGAAGCGGAUGUGUUCCUGGCUCAACGCCGGGCAUAUGACGUGGAGAGAAAUGCGCUGGUGUCUGUUUUCCUCCGCACCCUGGAGUACUACGAGGGCAUCUUAUUCCUCACCACCAACCGAGUCGGAGUCUUCGAUGAAGCCUUCAAGUCCCGGAUCCACAUGUCACUGUAUUACCCGCCGCUGAAUUGGCCGCAAACCUACGAAAUCUGGUCCAGUCACAUCGAUGUGGCGAACGAGGCCGGGGUCGUUGCUGACAAGGGGGAGUUGACCAGCCUCGCGAAUGAAAUCUUCUACGCGCAAGCCCGCCCGGGAUCGGGCCCUGUCUGGAACGGCCGGCAGAUCCGCAAUGCCUUCCAGAGUGCCCUUGCGCUGGCCGCAUUUCACACGGAGAAGGGGGCCCAGAUCGAGCUCCGGAGACAUUAUUUUGUCAAUGUCUUCACGGUCUCCGAUAACUUCAGCAGAUAUAUCUGGACGACUCAGAACAGGCAAGACGACGCGGAACGCAAUCGAGGCUCGAUGGUGCGACGAGACGACUAUGUUUAUGAUGGAUCGGGGGUGCUCAACCUGCAGCCUCCUCAGCAAUUGACUGCUGGGUUGCAGCCUGUAUACGCGCCGGGAGGCAUACAGUCCACCCCUUCGCCGUUUGGCCACUCGAACCAACCGCAAAUGGGGAGUUUGAGCGGCGGUGGGCAGCCUUAUCCAGGCGACCCCCGCAAUCUCCAGACCGGUAUUCAGGCCCCUCCCGUUGUUCCCCUGGGUCAGCACUCCAUUCUGCAAUUGCAAGAACCUAGCCCACAACUGACACUCCCUGCUCAACUGAAUAUGCCAAGCAAUAAUGGCCUGAAAGACAAUUAUACCUUACAACACUUGCUGCAACAGCAACAGCAACAGCAACAGCAACAACAACAACAACAAAAACUAUCAAAUCCACAACUGACAGUGCAACCGCAAAUUAGCCUAUCCAGAAACAACAGCAUUGCCGACAAUUAUACUUUGCAACAAUUGCAACAACAGCAGUUGCAACAGUGGCAGCAACAGCAACAGCAACAGCACAUUCCUCGAUCUGAGGUUCAGGCAUCGCAGAACCCAACCACUACACCAGAGUCUGGACUACCGUCUCUCGGCCAGAAUUUCAAUCACCAGUCGCCAAAUAUGCCAUGAUAGCGUAAAAAGACAGAUUCAUAGACUCCAGGUGUUGUCUGCGUCCGGGAGCAUCGUUAAAGUCUGCUUUUGGAUUCAAGUGACAGCAGACCAAUCGUCAGGGUUUCCAAAAUGGCAAUAAUCAAUGCGUAAAUCAUAUGAACUGAUGUUGGGACUAGGCCCCAAGUCAGUGAAUCGAGUUCUUUCCCCCCCGGCGAAAAUUUGACAGAAG